UUUCUCGUUUUUUAAAUGAUCUGAAUUGUGCACAGUAUUUAUCAUGGUGUGUUUUGUAUCUCAUGCAAAGACACAACAUCACAUUAAUUGUAGUUCGUUUAUUUGCAAAAUGCAGUGCACAAGAGGUUAAUGAAAAAAACAACACACACAAAAGAGAACUAGAUUUUCGUUUUUAAGGAACUUGAAUGUGACGUCGUUACAUUUGAAAAAAAAAGUGAUUCCGAACUGAACACAGGAAGCGGGUGCUUACUGUCCACAACAACGACGUUUAAAAAAAAAAAAAAAAAAAAGAAACACUCGCUAGCUCAGCGCAAGCCCUGCAAAAAUAGACUCCACAAAAACAGAAGCGAAACGAGCGAGACCGGCUUUUUCUGGGUUGCUGACAAGAGUGCUAAAGCUAAAUUAAAAGCAGUCUCACUGAACGGUGCAAGAAGACCCGUAUUUCCACCUGUUCGGAUAUAUACAUUACACAGGAAAUACAGAAUUACAAAGUGCUAAGAUAGCUGAACGACAGGCGCAUCCACGGGCCCCAUGGGAAAUCUCCUAAAGGUGCUGGCUUGCGCCGAACUUGAGCAUGGCCAAAUAUUUUUCCUUGACUUUGAAAAUGCCCAGCCGACUGAGGCGGAGACUGCAGUGUGGAACCAGGUGAACGCCGUGCUGGAGGUGGCUCAUGGGAUACUAGCGGAGCUGCAGUCCUAUAAUGGGGCAGGGCAGGAGAUACGAGAGGCCAUUCAGAACCCCUGUGACCUUCAGCUGCAAGAACAGGCCUGGAAUGCAGUCUGUCCCUUAGUGGCCAAACUGAAGCGCUUCUACGAGUUCUCUCUGAGACUGGAGAACGCCUUGCGCAGCCUGCUGGAGGCGCUCACGAGCCCCCCCUACGCCCCGAUGCAGCACCUGGAGAGAGAGCAGGCCCUGGCCAAGCAGUUCGCUGAGAUCCUGCACUUCACACUCAGCUUUGACGAGCUCAAGAUGACAAACCCGGCCAUUCAGAAUGAUUUCAGCUACUAUAGGAGAACCCUCAGCAGGAACCGGCUAAACAACCUACAGCAUGACGCUGAGAACGAGGUCAACAACGAGAUGGCCAAUCGGAUGUCUCUGUUCUACGCGGAGGCCACGCCCAUGCUGAAGACCUUGAGCAAUGCCACCACCAAAUUUGUGUCCGAGAACAAGACUCUGCCCAUUGAAGACACAACAGACUGCCUGAGCACCAUGGCCUGUGUGUGCCGGGUCAUGCUGGAAACACCAGAGUACCGGUGUCGGUUCACUAACACAGACACCAUGCUGUUCUGCAUGCGGGUGAUGGUGGGAGUCAUCAUCCUGUACGACCAUGUGCACCCUGUCGGGGCCUUCGCUAAGACCUCCAAGAUCGACAUGAAAGGCUGCAUCAAAGUGUUAAAAGAGCAGCCUUCAAACAGUGUAGAAGGGCUGCUGAAUGCUCUGAGGUACACCACGAGGCAUCUAAAUGAUGACAGCACCUCCAAGCAGAUCCGAGCCAUGCUGCAGUGAGUGGGACAGAGACGGGGGGAGGAGGGGUCCCUGGGAGAGGCUCGGAGACGAGCAGCAGGGUGGGGCCAUCUCCACUGCGAAACCUCAGAGACGUGUUUGUUUACAUAAAUUAAUGCAAAACAAUUUUAAUGUUAAUAAUAUACCCCCCCCCCCCAAAAAAAAAAAAUCAUCAUCUCCGUGUCUCGUUUUGUAAGAAAAAAACUAAAUAUGAACAAAAAGAAAAAAAAAAGAUAUAUAAAAGUUAAACUUAAAAAAAAAAAAUCCAUAUAUUUGAUUCUGCAUCAGUACAAUGUAAUGCUGGAGUGCAUUUUUUGCACCCACUGAAAAAGCUGCCAUCUGGUUUGUUUCACUGUAAUGAAAGUAGAAUACAUGGUUCAGUAUUGCAUUGAAUGCUUUUUAAUUUCAGACCAUUUCCCUCACUGCUGAAUCAUUGCCUGAAUUAAAUAACAAAUUACAGAGGCUGUAACUGGAGACAGAGCAGUGCUACGGCGCUGCUGAAUCACAGGACUUUGUAGGCAAUAACCUGGCUUUAGUGGGGCUGCCUAAACCCAGGCAUUUGUGUUGAUACUUUCACUUGGUAUGAUCAAUCCAAACAACGCCUGACGUGCUGUCAUUUCCCCCGUAUGGCCGCAUUCAAUCACAUUCUCCAUAAGGUCUGUAAGGGAAUAACGCCCUAAGUUCUUGUUACUUUAACCUUCUAACAAGCUACUGUACAGUAAUAAAAACAUCUCCUCUGA